AUGGAUAAAGGAAAUGCGCUUCUUGUCGGUGUUGGAGGAAGUGGUAAAUCAUCGUUAACACGUUUAGCUGCAUUUGCCGCUGGUUGUGAAGUAUUUGAAAUCAAAUUAAGUCGAGGUUAUAGUGAACCACAGUUUAGAGAAGAUUUAAAAAUACUCUAUAAUAAACUUGGAAUGGAAAAUAAGAAAGUUGUAUUUAUGUUUGGUGAUCAACAUGUAGCAGAAGAAGGAUUUUUAGAAUUAAUUAAUAAUAUUUUAACAACAGGAAUGGUUCCGGUACUCUUCGCUGAUGAAGAAAGAGAAGGCACUGUUGGAAAUAUUCGUGAUGAAGCAAUGAAAAAUGGUGCUAGUCCAGCAAAAGAAAGUAUUUGGAAAUAUUUUAUAACAAAGUGUUCAGUUAAUCUUCAUGUUGUAUUAUGCAUGUCACCAACGGGUGAUACUUUAAGAACAAGAUGUAGAAAUUUUCCCGGUAAAAUAUUUCUUAAUAAAAUUGUUAAAUCGAUCAUGUCAUACGUAUACCCUAGUAGAAUCCGCGCUUCAUUGCGCGUCGCGAAGCCAUAG